AUGCAUUCGUUAAGAUCACCACCGUACAUCAUCGCAGUUCUCAGUGGCGCACAGACUGAACUUGACCUGUCCGGCGACCGACCGUUCAGCCUCAGCAUUACUCUCACUCUUCAUGCCGAGGCGCCUGUUUUCUGUUACAUCGGAGACGACAAUGCCUUCUUUCGCCUUCCUCACGCCCUACACGAUGUAGGCAUCGAAUUCACAGAUCAACGCACGCACAAGCAAAUUGGAACCUCACAAGUCGCUUGCACUGGUUUCAUGGACGAGCCAGGACCGGGCAGAAUUUUGGACUCAAGUUCCGGUCUCUUCCUACAACCCAAGUCUCCUGUCGUAUUUGACAUUCCUUUCAAUGGCACUCGAUACAAACAAGGUGAUAACUUCUUCGAUCUCCAUCUCUACAUGGUUUCACACGGUUUUGAGGCCGGCGGCACUUACAAAGCUGCACUUCCGACCGACCGCAAGCUUUCCUGGUGGAGAUGGGCAAAAUCAUGGGAGGCUGAAGAUCAAGAACCGGAAAGCUCUGCUUUGACGUCCGGAGAAGGUAAACAACGUGUACCUGUGCUGUCCGAGAACGAGCAACUACCAAUCUACAUCGAAGGUGAUGGUCUGAUCUUCUCAUGUGUUGGAAAUCCGAUGGAGUGGCCACUUCGUUCCGAGGAAGAAGAGAGACAAUUGGCUGAGGAAAGACGACAAAUUCGGGAGAGAAGACGACGUGUUCAAGCGGAAGCUUCAAACGCACCCAAGGCAGAUUGA